GUUUCGGUGACCAGACGUCAUUCCGUAUGUGUAGCCUAUAAUAUGUUGCGGUAAGUCCACUGGAAGACCUUGUAGUUUACUAUCGUGUGUCCAAGGUCAACAAGUAGUCACAAGUAAAUUUAGCAGGAGCUAUCUCAGCAAAUGUUUUGUGUGUUCGUUUCACGGCAUGGGCACACAACUCUUCACGCUCGUAAUGAUGGCAAAAACAGAACCCUAAAUCCAGAAAGUCGUCACUGUUGAGGUUUCACACUUGACUCAUCACCUUGGAAAUACAGCAACGUGCGCUUUGUGAUGUAGGUGCUCAAGUAACUGAAGAUGACGGUGACUUACUCCAAUAAGGUUGCCAACGCUACCUUCUUCGGUUUCCAUAGAUUAUUGCUCCGCUGGAGAGGCAGUAUCUACAAACUUCUCUACCGAGAGUUUAUUGUUUUCGCCGUUUUAUACAGCCUGCUAAGCGUCGUAUACAGGCUCUUUCUUUCAGACACACAGAAACGAUACUUUGAAAAGUUGUCGCUAUAUUGCGAUAGAUAUGCCGAGCAAAUUCCGGUGACGUUCGUGCUGGGCUUCUACGUGACACUGGUGGUGAACCGCUGGUGGACGCAGUUCGUGAACCUGCCGUGGCCGGACCGGCUGAUGUUCCUGAUCUCCAGCUGCGUGCAGGGCGAGGACGAGCAGGGCCGCCUGCUCCGGCGCACGCUGAUGCGCUACGUCAACCUCACCUCGCUGCUCAUCCUGCGCUCCGUCAGCACCGCCGUCUGCAAGCGCUUCCCCACCAUGGAGCACGUGGUGGAGGCAGGCUUCAUGACUGCAGAGGAGAGGAAGAUCUUUGAAAACCUCCAGUCCCCUCACCUCAAGUACUGGGUGCCUGUGGUGUGGUUCACCAACCUGGCCUCCAAAGCCAGGAAGGAGGGCCGCAUCAAGGACAGCGUGGAUCUGCAGACCAUUCUCAGAGAAAUGAACCAUUUCAGGACCUGGUGCUCGACUCUGUUCGGCUACGACUGGGUGGGGAUCCCGCUGGUCUACACGCAGGUGGUGACUCUGGCGGUCUACACCUUCUUCUUCGCCUGCAUUAUCGGCAGGCAGUUCCUGGACCCGCAGCUGGGCUACCCGGGUCACGACCUGGACCUGUACGUGCCGGUCUUCACGCUGCUGCAGUUCUUCUUCUACUCCGGCUGGCUCAAGGUGGCGGAGCAGCUGAUCAACCCCUUCGGCGAGGACGACGACGACUUCGAGGUGAACUGGUGCAUCGACAGGAACCUGCAGGUGUCCAUGAUGGCGGUGGACGAGAUGCACAUGAACAUCCCGCGCAUGACCAAAGACAUCUACUGGAACGACUCUGACCUCCGACCUCCUUACACGGUGGCUGCAGCCGACUAUUGCAUCCCCUCCUUCCUGGGCUCCACCACCGACAUGGGCCUCUCGGAGGUCCUGCAGCAUGAGGACGUGGAGUCACAUGACCUCCGGCCCCGCCGCCAGGCGUCGGUCCUGGGCCGCGUGCGGCGGCUGCUGAGCGUACAGGAAGUGCCCGAGUUCCCCACUUCCUCCCGGCCCGGCUUCAAGCGCCACAGCAGCGACGUCUCCAGCGUCUUCUACCCCUUCUGCCCCGAGGACCACGGGCACGGGCACGGGCACGGCCGCCUCCACCACGCCCCGCUCGACGCCCUGGCCCCCGUGCGGGAGGUCAGCGUGGGCCCCCCCUCCCCCGACGCCCAGCCCGACCCGCCCUCCUUCAGCCAGGAGCCCAAACCAGGCCCCAACAGUACCGCCCAGCCCGACCCGCCCUACUUCAGCCAGGAGCCCAAACCGGGCCCCAACGGUACCGCCAAGCCCGCGGCCUCCCCGGAGCCCGCCCGGGCCCCGGACACAGCCCAAACGGAAGCCCCGCAGAGCCCCGCCCUCACUGAAACGGGCCCCCGCAGGUUCCGCUGGACGGUCCCCGGGGAGCAGGGCAAGCCCCCCCGCCGCCAGUUCUCCUGGCAGCCGUCCUGCGGCUCCCUGCACGGCCUGCCCAGCCCCAAGGGCCCGGUGCGGAAGAGAGGCCUGGCCGCAGCCCCCCACUUUCCUGACACGGCGGCCCAGCCCGAGGCCCUGCAGCCGGGGGUGCCGGAGGCCGACGUCCUGGACUCGUGCGGCAACCACCAGGCCAACGAAGAGCCCUCCCUCACCCCUUAA